AUGAGAAGUAUUAAAGCAGUUGUUGUUGGUGAUGGUGGAGUUGGUAAAACUUGUUUAUUAAUAUCAUAUACAACAAAUACAUUCCCUAAUGAUUAUAUCCCUACUGUAUUCGAUAACUAUUCUGCAUCUGUAAUGAUCGAUGGAGAACCAAUCAAAUUAGGUUUAUGGGAUACUGCUGGUCAAUCAGAAUAUGAUAGAUUAAGACCUUUAUCUUAUCCUCAAACUGAAAUCUUUUUAGUAUGUUUUUCAAUAGUUAAUCCUGAUUCUUAUUUAAAUGUAAGAUCAAAAUGGAUACCUGAAAUAUUACAUCAUUGUCCAAAAGAUAUAUUGAUUUUAUUAAUAGGUACAAAACUUGAUUUAAGAGAUGAUUAUAGUAUAUUAGAUGAAUUAGAUUCAAAUGGUUUAAAACCAAUCACUUAUCAACAAGGUAAAAAAUUAGCAAUGGAAAUUGGAGCAAUCGAUUAUAUGGAAUGUUCUGCUGCAACUCAAUUUGGUGUUCGAGAGAUUUUUGAUUUUGCAAUUAGAGCGGUAUUGGAACCUCCAAGAUCUAAAAAGCCUUAUGUAAGUGGAAUACCUGGUUUAUCUUCUGAUACUUCAGGAACUAAUACUACUCCUAGAAAGAAAAGAGUUAUUAAAAAGAAGUGUACUAUAUUAUAG